AAGGGCAACUAUAUGUUGCAAUUUUUUUUUUAAUUGACUCUUUCUAAUUAGCCUUCGUGCUUAGCUUAUAAAGAAAUUGGUGGAGUCCCCUUGAUAAGUAAGCUUAUUAUUAAACCAAAACUAAAGGUGAUAAAAUAAUACUCGUUUCAAGCUUAUUAUUCACGAGGCAUCACCACUCUAAAGAAUUAACAGACUAAAAGAUAGAUGCAUGAGAGAGUUUUAGAUCGAUGAUGCCUGCGUUGUAGUCCGAGUCUUGUAGUGUUCCAUUUCUAAGUUGACUGUAGAAUGUAUUUCGCACUAACGGUUUGCGGAGUGAUAAAUAAUUAGUAAUAAAUUAAUUUAGAUUCACAUUAACUAGUUUGGAUGGAGGGUGAUAAAUAUUUUGUAAAAUUAAUUUAGAUUCUCAUAAAUUAGCUUGAACAAUAGUUUUUAUUUUGAUCAUAUUUCGAAUAAGAGUACAAAAUGAGUAGGGAAGGGCAAAUAGGUAAAGACUCCCAUUGUAAUUCCAAAAAGGGGAAAGAAGAACCCAUGGGCAGCAUCUUAAUUCGGUGAACAUGUCAACUGUCGGACUUGCUGCAACCUCUAUAGUAAAAACUGCUCCUCACACCCAAAGAAAGAGUGUCUUCAUUAAGACCCCAGUGUCUCUGGGGUUUGUAAGGAGCAUCUCUAAGGGCUUUGGAUUGAAGUCUAGCUCUGGGUUUAGAGUAUCAGCAUCAGCAGUUUACAAGGUCAAGUUGGUUUGUCCAGAUGGUGUUGAGCAUGAAUUCGAGGCAUCUUCAGAUACUUACAUCCUCGAUGCAGCUGAAAAUGUUGGAGUCGAACUCCCUUAUUCUUGCAGGGCAGGUGCAUGCUCAACAUGUGUUGGGAAGAUUGUAUCAGGAUCUGUUGAUCAAUCCGAUGGAUCUUUUCUGGAUGAUAAUCAAAUAGAGGAGGGCUAUGUGCUCACAUGUGUUUCUUACCCAACCUCAGAUUGUGAGAUUCAUACUCACCAGGAAUCUGAUCUUUACUAGUUAUUUAUAUAUCUAAUUAUGUGUAUGCUCUUGUUUAAGGUUGAAGCAGUUGGAAAAUUGUUCUGUAAUUGAGAAUGGUCAGGUGUAGAAUUCAAUCAGGAACCUAUUGUGUUUGAAUGAUGUUCGUUUAAUGAAUGGUUAUUAUGGUUCACUUUGUGAAAA